UUUACUUCUCGACUUCCGCCAACGACGCCGCGAACUCAACCCAGCUCUAGGACUACAGCGUGCGAAGAGAAGGUCACAGAGAUGGCCAGCGGUGCUGCAAGCAGCUCCCGCAACCCGGCGAACAUGGCCACAGUCCAUCAGAAUACCAAGGGCGACGGCGAAAAUGACAAGCCACACCCCGAUAUCACGGAGAUCGAAGAUGACAACGAGGAAUGGGUCUCCAGUGAGGAAGAGUCUUCCGAGUACGACACGGAUGACCCAGAUGAUCCCGUUGUCAAGGAAUACGACGUGUUCAUUACGGAGCCGUCUGAGAAUGAUCUCUACGUCUUGCAGUUCAUUGGCCGUCCGAAGGUUAAAGGACCGCUCAUCGGACGCGAGGCCCCGACCCAGUUGCGCGUGAAGCCGGAAUCUGGGUACUUCGAGGUCGAUGUUCCCCUCGACAUCCACGACGAGCACUAUGAUCGCAGGAAGGGUGUGGAGCUUGGUGAAGCUGUCAGGAAGACUAAGAACCUCGGUCAGGCUGGAGGCUAUGGUCCAGCUGUUGGAUUCGAAAGAUCGAUGCCCAAAACCAAGAAGCGCCCCGGAUCCGAGGAUGACGCCGACGCCGACGCUGACGUCGAUGAACCGCCUCCACCACCGGUUGAUGACAACGUCGACGAGUACCUGAAGAACUUCGACGAUGCGAACGAGAAGGGCCACGUUCUCAAUACGACCACUUGGGGGGGCCAGGUCAUUGGACGAGAGGCCUGGAAACCCAACUACAUGAUUGGCGCGUUCCGAAAGAAUGAACUUCAUCUCACCCCGGUCACUGGAAUCGUCCAACUUCGUCCGGAACUCCAUCACAUGGAGGCUGUCAAGCAUCUGGAGAUAAUCAAUGACCGCAAGCAGCCCCCCGACGCGAAGGGUGUCCUCCCCUCUGUCAAGAAACUCACGGACGAGCCAUCUACCGCUGAUUUGUUGAAGGGCAAUGCCAGUGAGAAGUGGACCAGAAUGAACUGGAUUCCUGCCGAUACUACGGCCGCUCGCGAGGCCCGAGAAAAUCGACUAUACCUGAAAGACACGGCCAACGCCCGACGCCUGGAGACGGAAUCAGUCGAGGACUACAUGAACCGCUAUGUCCCGGUCGUGGUCGGCAAAGGCAGGACGAAGCCCAAGAAGAAGCAUACCGGCAUCGUGAGUUGACAUCCUCCGGGGGUGCCAAAAACAAGAAAAAGAAAAUUAAGCUUCGGAGCUAUGACUAAACAUGCCAUAUAGGUCCAAGAGGAUGCUGGAAUGACUGCUGAAACUGCACUCGAUUUGACCGUCGGGACAUUGGAGGAGAAGGAGGAGGAGCAGAAGGGGGUUGAGGGGAAAGGGGAGGAUGCCCCCAAGGGACGGCGCCGCCGACUCCGUGGUCGCGGAGGGUUUCGUAACAGCGGACUGGCAUACCGCCCUACGAAUUAGGCUUUUAGAGGGUUUACGGUUCAAGGAUGGGUGGACCUGAGGGUCUAGUUAUGCAAUGAUAUCCCGCCAGUCUGGCGUACUAGCCGGCCCAUAGGGGCCAAAUGAAUUCACUUCAAAG